AUGUCGAACGCUUUAUUAUUGCGACUAUUUACGUCUGAAUACUUUAAUGCCUGGAUUGCUAUUUCGUAUAUAUUUCGAUAUCCUGACAACGUUGGUAUUCAGCACUACCUGUGUACCCAGUUGAGAAAGUUUCCUAUUGCUGAAAUCGAGUUUUUCUUGCCUCAACUCAUGCAUCUUUUAAUCACCCGUCCAACAGAAUCUGUUGCUCUCGAGUGCUAUAUUAUAGACGCAUGUGAGCAAUCAACCCAUAUUGCUGUCAUGAGUCUAUGGUAUUUACAAGCAUAUCUAUCGGACUUGGCAGCAAACCCUCAGAAUCCCUCAUUUCAGCUGAGUAAAAGAGUAUUCAACAGAUGCCAAGCCAUCAUUUUUGCAGAGGAUGAUCAAGAUGGGUCAAAUAGACUGGAGCAGACACAGCGUGUGCGCGAGAAUGCAUUCCCGGCAUUAGUAGGCAUGGGUGCAAUGCUUGCUGGUAUUGGACAACCCCUUUCAACAAAGCCAGUGGGUAGUGUAGCUAUUGCACAAGGUCGUAAACCACGCACAGCCUUGAAUUCAGUGGACGCCUCCAUCAUUAGUCGACGCAAUACCAUGGAUGAAACCGAAUCCGACGAUCCUUCCGUCUCAUCCCCCUCCAAAGCCAGUGGUGAUUUGCAAAGACUGCCGUUUCAAUCAUCGUCUAAUCCACAACUGCCCCUUAAAAAGAAUACUAGUCGGCCCAAAUCAGCAUCAGCAUUUUCAUCUAUCUUGGGCGAUUCAAACCACUUUACAGUUUCGUUAGAAGAUUUGCAUAGAGGCAAGGCAUUUAGUGUAUCUCGGUAUCUGAAACAGGCUCAACAAAAAAUUAAUCAUACAGUCCGUUCCACAUUGGUCUCGCACGAUGCCAAUGCGCCACCCCAGCUGUUGAUGGGCAGAGGAAUGAAUGCCAACAGUAUGAAAGCCAUGGCUCAAUCGUCUGUGCCAUUAGCCAACUCACCCACCACGCCUACAACGCCUACAACACCAACAACACCCACUACGCCAUGUCGCUCUAUUUCAUCAGAGGAAGCCCUGGGCCAGAGUCCGCCCAAACGGUCUGCUUCAGCCGACCUACAGCGUUACUAUCACCCCGAAGAAGACGAUCUGGUCAACAAUAGCAGUUCUGAUGAUGAUGAAGUGUACGCCUUGGCCAAGUUGAGCAUAGAUGAUCGUCGCCAUUUGCUCCGAUCAAAUUACUUUCGUUCCGAGAUGCAGUUUCUACUAGCCUUGGUAGACAUUGCCACUCGACUCGUUAUUGUGCCGAAACCAGCUAGAUUGAGUGCCCUACAUGCAGAAUUGACCCUAUUGAAUCACAAUUUGCCUGCUGAAAUUUGUAUGCCAUUAUGGUGCCCUGCGACUGUGGAUAGGCCUUAUCAUCAUCGUAUUGUUAGAAUCAGUCCCACGGAUGCUGUUGUUCUGAAUUCUGCAGAAAGAGCACCAUAUUUACUGAUGAUUGAAGUUUUGGAUGAUGAGCUUAGUUUGGAGAACGGAUUCAAGUCAUCAUUAAGCAAAAUCAAAAAGAACAAACGAAAGAGUCAACGGUUCUCGGUUGGAAGCAGUAAAAAGAAACAACCUCUAGACGACGACGAUGCGGUGGAUAUAGGCGAUCUUGGAUCACCCACCAGUUCUCGCAGUAUGGACCUCAUGAGCUCAGCCUCCACGUCCACUAUUGGCACAGCUGCUAUUGAGAUUCAUCACAAUACACACCACGCGGACAUGAUGAUUGAAGAGCCUAGUGCCUUGAAUGAACAAGAUGUCAAAGAUGGAAGUUCGGAUCAGGAACAUGAACAUGCCCAUUUUGAUGCGGAAGAAUUUGCAGAAAAAAUGAAGACGGCAGCUAUUCUUUUGGCCCAGCUUCAAUUGAACCAUCCUUCACAACAAGAUAAUGUCACUAUUCGAGCCAGCACAGAGGGCAUUCGACAGAAGAUUAUUGCUGAGAUGAUGGCGUUGGAAGACGAUCGUAUGGAAAAAAUGGCUUUGGAAGGUGUAGAUAAAGGCGUUGGAGGAGGCGGAGGAGAAGGUGCUGGCAACGAGCGGAAAUUGGACGAUGAAGUGCGUGUUGCCAUGGUAGCAAACAAGGAAGAUCCGAGUGCAGCUGUAUUUUCAGAGAAUUGGGAGGCAAAGAAAGAGCGUAUCCGAGCUGCAUCACCCUACGGUCAUUUGCCGAACUGGCGUUUGAUCUCUGUUAUCGUAAAGAAUGGAGCUGAUCUUCGACAAGAGCAAUUUGCUAUUCAACUAAUCCGAGAAAUGCAAAAGAUUUGGCAGGAUACCAAGACGGAUGUUUGGGUUCAGUAUAUCCGAGUGUUGGUCACUUCAGACGAUUCGGGUCUGAUUGAAACAGUCAAAAAUUCGAUAUCAAUCCAUUCCAUCAAGAAGGAAGCUUACACUCGAAAAUGGAAUGAGGAAGGCGCCGUAUUUUCACUCAAAGAUUAUUAUACCAGACGUUGGGGAUCACCUGAAAGCGAGAGUUACAAAAAGGCACAGCUUGCAUUCAUGAAGAGUUUGGCUGGCUAUUCAAUUGCGUCCUAUAUAAUGCAGAUCAAGGAUCGGCACAACGGCAAUUUGUUGAUUGAUGAUGCAGGUCAUAUUAUUCAUAUCGAUUUUGGAUUCAUCUUGUCCAAUUCUCCUGGUUCUGUUGGCUUUGAGAUGGCUCCCUUCAAAUUACCACAAGAGUACAUUGACAUCUUGGGUGGUGUAAAUAGCCCCCUGUUUGAUCAAUACAAGGCACUGACAAAGCAAGCCUUCUUGGCUGUUCGCAAGCACAGCGAUAACAUCUUGCUGUUGACUGAGAUGAUGUCGAAAGAAUCAAAGUUACCCUGUUUCCAGAACGGCGGUCAACAUGCUCUAUCCGCUCUCAGGGACCGUUUCCAACUACAGUUGACAGAACCUCAAGUAGAGACGUUUGUAGAAAAAUUGAUCAUGAGUAGUUGCUGUAAUGUGUUUACUCGACUUUACGAUACAUAUCAAUAUUAUUCGCAGGGUAUCUUGUAA